UUAAAGAAGACGUAAACGUUCUCGGAUCUCCCUCUGGAGGACCGCGCGCGCACUACAAACGCCUGACCGAAUAGCGUGACAUACACGACGCGCGUGCGCAGUCCCCGUCGGCGUUUCGGGGGGCGUCGCUGGCGUGCGGCAGAGGGGCGGGGCGAAGGUGGGUGUGUGGCUCAGCUGAUACCGACUACCGUCCUCCUCCUCCUCAUCAUCAUCACCCGAGACCCGUUCCUGUCAAGACGCACGCCGCUCGGUUUUAUGGACGCGACGCGAGCGGCUCGGUGAAUGAACGCGGCUGACGUGACGCGCGUCGCUGUCCGCGGUGCUGAAACAUGAGUGUUUCUGGGGGUCGGGCAGCUGUGACGGCCCAUGCGGAGGCUCGCGGCGCUGACUGACGCUCUGGUUCCCCAGCAUGGGCAGUGUGGGCAGCGGAGUGGCCGGUGAGCAGGAGUUUGCCAUGAAGAGCGUGGGCACUCGCACCACCCUCCCUCGUGGCCCUCCUCUGUCCCGUCUCCACGCGCCUCCCUCCGCCUCGGACGGCUCCAGCGAAAGCACCGCCACGGAUCGAGGUCAGCACAACGCCGCCUCGUCUCGACCCGGCAACGGGGACAAGGCCUCGCACAGAGCCGGAGGAGUGUCUCUGGAUGCGUGCGGGAACGUGGUGGGUCACGGCACGGAGAAGAACCACGAGGUCAAGGGCAGAGAUGGGAACAACAGCAAGAGAGACAGUCGCACACCGCCCAAGAUCCUCACUGUGUCCGGAAAACUCGAGCAGAGUACUUCUGCUCUGGUGCGUCCGUCUGCCUUCAAGCCCGUGGUGCCCAAGAGUUUUCACUCCAUGCAGAAUCUGCUGGGUCAGUCGGGCGGAGGACGCUCCGCUGGCUCCGACGCUCCACAGUCCCUCUGUGAGCAGGACAGUCCGGAUCGGGACCCUUCAGCCGGAAACGACGGCCCGGCCGGGAUGACCGACUCCGGGAGGAACUCGCUGACCAGUCUGCCCACCAUGAGCUACGGCCCCGCUCAAGCCCUGGGGCCCCUGAGCGCCUCCACCAGCCACAUCAACAGACUGAGCAGCACCGCGCCGCCGCUCGACAAACCAGAUAAACCCAGCUAUCAGAACGGCUUGAGCGUGUCCGACAGUGGCCAGUCCUCCUCCGGAAAGAGCUGCUUAUCCUAUCAGAGACUGUGUCACCUGACGGACACCAGCGCCACCGUCCAGCCCUCGCCCUCCACCGACGACAUCAUCCAGGACCUGGAGGACCGGCUCUGGGAGAAAGAGCAGGAGGUGAUCCACAUGCGGCGUAACCUGGACCAGAGCGAGGCGGCCAUCGUGCAGGUGUUCGAGGAGAAGCAGCGCGUCUGGGAGCGAGAGAUGGAGGAGCUGAGGCAGAACUACGCCGGGCGUCUUCAGCAGGUGACCCACCGAGCCCAGCGCACCCAGCAGGCCCUGCAGACCCACAUCGCCCGCCUGCAGCAGGACAAGGGCCGGCUCCAGGACGAGAUCAGCACCCUGCUCGCCCAGAGAGAGGAGCUGGAGCGCAAGUGUCUGGACUACCGCAAGGAGCAGGCCGAUCUCCUGCCUCGCCUGGAGGAGACCAAGUGGGAGCUGUGUCAGAAAGCGGGCGAGAUCUCUCUGCUGAAGCAGCAGCUGCGGGAGAGUCAGAACGAGGUGACGCAGAGGGCCGGAGAGAUGGUGGCCCUCAGGGGCCAGCUGAAGGAGCUCAACGCCCAGAUGAAGGAGCGCGAGGAGACCAUGAUCGGCCUGAAGGACUCGUACACCAACAAGAGCCGCGAGCUGGAGAGAUGUGAAGGAGAACUGAAGAGGACGCUGACAGAGGUGUCGAUGCUGCGAGACAAGCUGGUGGUGUUCGAGGCCGAGGUGCUGGGUCUGAAGCGGGCUCUGAGCGAGCUGAGCUGCAGGAACGAUCACGCCGUGUGCCUGCGGGACAUCAGCGGCAGCAGCAGCUUGCCCUGGGCCGGCCUGCACUCGCCCCGCUCGCCCGACGCCCUGCCCCUCGACAGCUUCCUCAGCCUGCAGAGCGACGAGGCCAAGGCGCAGCGGCAGGAGGCCGGAGAGCUGCGGAGGCAGCUGGAGCGACUGCAGGGCGAGCUGUGUCUGGAGCGGCAGCAGAGAGAGCGCCAGGCCCUCACCUUCGCCCAGGAGCGCCACACCUGGCAGGGCGAGAAGGAGCGGGUGCUGAAGUACCAGGCCCAGCUGCAGAUCAGCUACGUGGAGACGCUGCAGAGGAACCAGGCGCUGGAGGAGCGGGUCGGCCAGCUCGGAGCCAAACUGGGCACCACGCCCGGAUCGCCCGGAUCGUCGCCCGUCAGCCUCUCCAUCCCCGUCCUGGGCGAGAAAGAGCGUGUGCUGAAGUAUCAGGCGCUGGAGGAGCGGGUCGGAUCUAAACUGGGCACCAGGCCCGGCUCGCCCGUCGGCCUCUCCCUCCCCGUCCCGCUGACCGCCGGAGAUCCCAAACCGCCCGCUCUGCAUCAGCUGGCUCCUCCGUGGCCCGGACCUACUCGCCUGGAGCGGAUCGAGUCCACGGAGAUCUAGACGCGAGACAAUCGACGGCGGACGGUUCUGCGUGAGAUGACAGAAUAACGCGGUUACGAAUCAAAAGGGACGCGCUUUCAGCUUUCAAACCUUCUGACAUCUCUUUUGGUCAUCGGCGAAACGGAGGAGAAGCGCUUCGCUGGUCUGUGCGGGCCGCACGGGAACGGAGUUUGGAAUAAUUAGGAUUCGUUAAUGCUUUAAAAGUAGUCUCCUCUGCUCGCCAGGACCGCAUUCAUACAGCGGAAAGUGCGAAAUAUCAUUACAAUUUAAAAUAUCUGUCUUCUGUGGAAGCCGUGUAAUAAAAGAAAAACCUUGCCUUUGCAAUUUUACAUAAAUCACAAUCGUUUUUUUCCUGCCACGAAAAAAAAAAAAUAAUAAUAAUAAAAGGUGGUCACAAUUCUAGUUUUUCCUGAGCUGAUAAUAAAGCCUUUUUUCCUUCGAAUUGAGCGAGAUACAAUUUUGCAACACGCUUCCAUAGUAAUACAUUUUAAAUAUCAUUUACUUUCAGCAUCAUUACUCCGCUCUUCAGUCACAUGAUCCUUCAGAAAUCAUUAAAAUAUACUGAUUUACCGCUCAACCAAACAGUUCUGAUAACUAUCAGUUUACGUUUUUGUGUAAACUGUGAUGCAUGUUCAUGCAAUUAUUCAAAAUAAACGUCCUUUGUAACAUUGCAAACGUCUUUACUGUUACAACCGAUCAGAUCAAAGCAUCCUUACUGAACUAAAGCAUUCAUCCCUUUCCGUUUUUUUGGCUCAAUAACCUAUUACGGCUUACCACAAAAAUACUGCGCAGCACAGCUGUUGAACAUUGAUAAUGAUCAGAAACGUGUCUCGAGCAUUAAAUCGAUUUCUGAAGGGCCGCGUGACGCCGGAGACUGGAGUAAUGACGCUUAAAAAUCACAGAAAUAAAUGUAAUUGUAAAAUAUAUUCGAGUAGAAAACAGCUCAUUUGAAUUGUAAUAAUAUGUCACAUUUUUACUGGAUAAAUGCAGUCCUGCUGAGCGGAAGAGACCCGCGGAGAAAGGCGUUUUGUUCCCGAAGGUGUUGGUUCGGUGAGGUUUCGUGUUUCAGGGACGCCGGGGAGCAUCGGUCAACAGACCACAAACAGAGGGCUCCUAUCUGCAGGCAGAAUUACUAACAUUUGGCUGAAAUUGAAACCCGAACUUGCUUUCCCAAUUCUGCAGCGAUGUUUCUGGACGGUUCUGAGAGCUGCUGCUAUGUUCAGUGUGUUGUGGGUAGACAGGCAGGCCGUGAAAACGAUGGUUAUUUAUGUGAAAUCGUUAUUUCCAGUAUACCGACAUAUUGCGUGUUCAUAUUUUGAGAAGACGAGACAUGCUGUCAUUUCGCCCGUUCCGAUUAUUGUGAAUAAAGCCGCUGUUUUAGCUUUGUUUUUCUGUAACAUGUAAGACUUUUCACCGAUGAAACGGUUUAAACGCAUCAGCGGUUUCCAAAACCAUAUUCCUUUUGGUGUAGUUCUGAUGUAAUUAUUUGAUUUGACGAUGUAAUUAAUUGAUUUAGAGAUCAAAUGCUAUGUUUUUAUACUUCUAUUGUUCGUAUUUAUGUUACUGUAAUGAUUUGCGUAAAAGCAUAUCCGGUCGAAAACACAUUAAAUGAUAAAGACACAA